CUUUUAACAGACAUUAAUUUGUUUUUUAACGUGUUUACAACAUAUAACAUUUGGCAUACAAAACUAAAAAAUUUGAAAUUGUUCAAUACGAAAUAGACCAGUUACCAUAGCCUAAGAAGGGACUAUGCUAUGGUAAAUUGAUAGUAAAAAGGCUGGCUAGUUGACAAAAUUUUGGUUUAAACAUGGUGGCCACCCGUCAGAACCACACGGGUUUCUCAAAAGCCAUAUUUAAGUUGAUACGUCUUUAUCGAGCUAAUGAUUGUCUAUGGAAUCCCAAGUCAUCGAGUUUUAAGAACUCAGAAAUGAAAGAAAGAGCCUGGCAACGCAUUUCCAAAUUUUUCAAUUACGGACUAAGCGUCGAUGAGGUUAAAUUACAAAUAUUAUUGUUACGUCAUUAUUUUACAACAGAACUUUUGGCUAUGAAGCGUUGCAAACUGGGUGGAUAUACUCAUGUCCCGAGGCAAUCUUAUUUCAAAGAACUACAGUUUCUCAAAGAAGCAAUGGGGCCCAGUGUUAAUGUUAAGACUACUGAGUCAGAGGCGCAGGAUCGAAUCAAUUGCAUCGUUGAGGAUGCCUUUCUGUUGAGCAGCAGCGAGAACAGCAUCCGCAGCGAACAAGUUGAUUUUCAGAUCCCUUCAUCAAAUGAACGUAGAAUUAUAAAUACUGAGCUUCAAUUGCUAGAAUCAGAAUCUGAGAAAUUACCUUUGCCUUCGUUUGACAAGAGUGCUAGACAGCUGCAAAGACGAUGUCAAUCAGGCUGCGAUCGUUGGCAUCAACAAACCUAUCACGAUGAGCAUGACAAUUAUAUAAGACAACCAAGUAGAUCAGCAGAUGCAAGUGAACACUAUCAUAAUUGUGGCUAUAUUGGCACUCAGAGCGUCGAUAGUGAAUUUUUUAAUCAGGCUUUUAGUAAUCAAUGGGCCUUAUCGUAUGCCCCGGAAAUGUUUGGCAAUCAUAGUACCUCACUCAAUACAAAUCUGGGUGCCCAAGCGGUGUAUCCAAAAGCUUUUCCAGCCAGAAAAAAAGUGCUCACCGGACGAUAUAGAAAUAAGCCAAAGCAACCAGCUGAGGUAUAUAACGAGGGCGAGGAUUGGCCAAAAUAUGUUGGACCAAAUGUACAAUUUAGAUGUACUAAUGAUAAUGGUCACAAUAAGUAUAGAAGUGUCAGUCGUCACAAAUCGGGAGUUGAGCAGAGGUAUCCAAGUAAUAAAUGCGCUGGUCUAAAUUGUCAAAUGGGACAGCCAAUUUAUCCGGUUGAAAAUAAUGAUUUGACUGGUUAUGGGAAUUUUCAACAGAAUCAAUAUGAAGUCGAUUGUGGUUGUAAUACAAAUUUAACAAGUCGAAAUCCAUACGAUCCAAAUUACAAUCAAAUGCCAGACAAUGCUAAUGAUCGAUUGACUGAAACCGAACUGGGAGUCUAUGAGUCCGAUAUACCACCUCAAUGGGAAUGCAAUGAAAGUAAUUGUCCUAAUUUAAAAUUAAAUAAUCCAAUCAAUAGCAACGCGCUUAAUCAGAGUCGAAGACGACUGGAAAAUGCUCAAGCAUCCAUAGUAUCGCAGGGGACAGAAUAUCAAAAUGGAAGACGACUGACACCAAUCAUUCGUAGAACCUGUGACGUCGACGAUGAAUAUGGCAACGGACAACAUUGCAGUAAUCAUCCAGAAAUGCAAGGUAUUGACUGUGAACCGACUGUAUUAUGUAAAGUUAGAGCGCACGUACCAUCUAAAUCAACAAUUGACUCGAUGCAAGUAUCUGGGGCAUUCGACGAUUCUCCAAAAAUUAUUUACUGUACUGACAGAGACAUAUUGAACGCUCCCAAUGCGAUUCAGUGUCCCUUUAAAAAACCGAAACAAGUUCAACAAUAUGACGAUGAUAGGCAAAUGCAACGAAAUGACUCUAAGCAAGAGAGAAACCGGCAAAGUCGAUCUCGCGGAAUGGAGAAUACAUCAACACAGAAUCGUCAGUCAAUGAGCUUUUCAAAGGCCAGGGAGAGUGCUACGGGUAAACAAACGAAAUCCCCCAGAAGUAGUUUAAGGAGCAAUGUUCAACAGAGUAGCAAAUCGAAUUAUUCUUCGGAAGUGGUACUGGAGGACACUCAGCAAACGAAACUUGAUAGAAUGUCAGAAAAUUCCAGAGGUAGUAGACGUGGUCUUGAUAAGCAAAGAUCUAGAAAUAGUGAGUACGAGAAUAGGAGGCAGUCAGUCUUGGAGCGUGAGACCAAACCACAGAACAAACGGAUGAGCAGUGAUGUGUACGAAUCGGAGCAUUCGCGAAGAGAACGUGAGAAAAUGUGUUCAUGCUAUAAUUGUCAUUCGGGCAAAGUUUCCCGAAGCAGUCAUAAAUAUCCAGAAAAUAGGCGUUACAGUAGUGCCGAAAAGGACUUCUAUAAAAGAGAGGAUUACAGAGAAACGCGAGAAUAUAAUCCUGAUAUGCCUGAGAGGUUGCAGACUAGUCCAAGAAAUUCCGACAGACGAAGUGAUCAUUAUAGUCGUGCUAGUGCUCCAAUACCUGAGAAUUACAGAGAUAUGCCAGAGUACAAUCCUGAUAUGCCUGACAGGUUGCAAUCUGGGCCAAGGAAUGUCGAUAGACGAAGCGAUCAGUAUAAUUCUGCUAGAGCUUCAAUGCCAGAGAAUUACAGACAAACGCCUGAGUAUAGUCCUUAUAUGCCUGAGAGAUUGCCAACUGGAUCAAGGAACUUCGGUAGACAAAGUGAUGAGUAUGCUCGAGCUGAAGAUCGUAGUUCUGAACGUGUAAUGAAACAUCGAAGCCAAUCCCAGGAGAAACAUGGAGGAAAGCCCAAUUUAUGUUGCUAUCGUAGUAAAUAUGAUGACAAUCAAGUUAAAGAACCAGUAUCUACAUCUUCCAGAUAUCGUAAUGAUAUGAAUGACGACGAGACGUACAAUGCCUGCGUUAAGGAAUGCUUAUCUAGAAAAUAUCCAAGCGAUGCAGAUACUGUAGAAAGACUUGAAGAGGACGAAAACUUCAGAAGAAGUGACAAUACGAAUCAAGAAUAUCAGAUCGAAGAGGACUAUGAAAAUCAACAGACAAUUCGAACUACCGAGUAUAUACCUUGUCAUUCUGACUGUCCACUUCGCCACGAGUGUAUCAUAUACAAGGAUUGUAAUACUCAGGAAUAUCCGGGUGACUAUGAAAGUCAACUAAAUAAUCCAGCUAAAUCAGCUUGUCAUUCCGAGUGUCCAGUUCGCAAGGAGAGUACCAGAUACGAGGAUCGUAAUAGUCGAAAGAGUUCGACUGAAGAAAAGGUUUUCGAAAUUCAGCAGGCGAUUCGAGCUAAUCCGUCUUGUCACCAUGAAUGUCCGGUUAGCAAGGAGAGUACCAUAUCCCAGGAUUUUAAUAGUCGGAAGAAUCCCACUGAAGAAAUGGACUUUGAAAAUCAGCCGGCAAAUUCUGCUGAUAAAUAUUUGGAAUGUCACACUGAAUGCCCGGCUCGUCAGGAGGGUUUCCGACGUAGUCAGAAUAAUAGUCAGCUUCAGGAUGCAUCUCCAACAUAUCAAAAUGAUGAGAGAGUCUUAGAUAAAACUUACGAAAGUGAUAAUCAAAAUAACUAUGAGGAACUGGAAAGUUUUUGUGAGCAAGGCCAGCUAUCCGAAAAUGACCAGUGCAAAGUGGAGCAAACUAAAGAUGACGACAAUGUUAAAGCGGUUAAGGAUUGUAUACCAGAAAGAUUCACCGACCAACAAAUCGCUUUGGAGAACAUGCUAGAUUGCGAAUGUCCAACAGACGAGGAUGACUUACAGAUGCUGAUUACCAAAAAUACACAAGAAACUGAAGCGGCUAAGGGGGAGAACACAGCCAACCUGCGCGAGGCAUCCGUUGAGACGGACAUUGAUAUGUCUCUGCAUGAUAGAAAUAAUCCACAAAAAGGAAUUGCUUGUCAAUGCUCCGUAGGAGGCAUAGGAACGACUGCGGUGCCUCAGAAAGGGUUGCGGGAGCAAUCUGCCAAAUUAAUUGAGGAUAAUGAGUCCACUCUUAAGCCCAGGCCACCAAAGGUGAACAGAAAAAAAAUCUGCUCAUGCAAGCCGCCUGUUUUAUAUAAAAAGAAAUGUAACAAAGCGCCGGCUUGUCCGAUCAAAAUCGAUAAUGUUAAACUGAGAUCGUCCUCACCGGUAGGUACGAAAUCUCGUUCGUCUAGCAAACGACAUAAUCGAGUGGAGGAUGAUAACAUAAACAAAUUACAGGGCCGAGGCAGCUUACGCCGCAAUCAUAUUUUCGGAAUACAUAACGGCGGCAUAAACCUUGAUCUAGGCAACGAGCAUGCCGGCUAUAAGAUACAGGAACAGACAGUGACAUCCCAGCAAUGCGAAGGCAUGUCCAUAAUAUGCUCGUUUGAAGUGCCAUCCGAAUUAGCCGAAAAGACAAUUGAUAUGCUGAAUAAUCACAUUGCAAACGCACCGCGAUCCGAUGUUAAGAUUACAUGCUCACAUAAAAGCUUGUCAGGAGAAAAACCAACGAAGAAAUGCGUAUCUAAGUGUUCUGCUGCUUUGGUGUGCAACCCAACCAAUCGAUAUAGCAGCAAUCCGUUCCUAAGGGCCAAUUGCACGGCUUCCAAAGGCAACAUAAUUGUAUUGCAUCCUCCGACCCAAGGCUUUCGGCCCUCAAAGUAUUCGUUCAGCAUGAAGGAUGAACAGUGACAAUUGCCAAGCAGCAAAGCUGUAUAGCUAUAUAUUCGUCACCAAUGCCAACCAGAUCGAAA